AUUUUUUCAUAAAGUUUAGUCGUUUAAUUGAAACGUCCGUACAUAAAAAAGUAUCGUUUAUUUGGUCAAAAUUAAAAAAAAAUAAAAUCGAAACAUCAAGCACAUUGUGCUUGAAAGAACGGCACCGUGUGUAACACCAAAAAAUUGACGGUUGUCGGAAUGGACGGCUGAUCCUAGCAGUUUGUACUAGAUUUAUUGGACUUUCAUAAAGAAGUAGAAGUACAAUAUUUUGAUCAAAAUUUGAACAAAUGUCAUGUUAGAAAAUGAUGUCAAUUUAAAUUAAUUUCAUGUAUUUUAUUUACUUCUCAUUUUUAAAUGGAGGGAACCAGCACGAUGGGUUAUGUACGCUUUUAUUCGCAACACUGUUAAACUGGGUUACUUGCUUAGUCUUUUAGAAUGACAAAAUCAGACAAUGACAAUAAUUGUAGAACUGUCUCUAUGGAGGGAGAUGGGGACUUAAUUGAAAAAGCCCAAAACACGAAAAAGGAACUAAUUGUACACUACAAAUUGAAUUUUAAAUGUGUUUGUCUCGUUACGGUCUCCAUCCCGUCAAUAGCUUUGAUAGUGUGUGUCAUAUCAGCAGUGGUAUUCCAGUAUGAUGAUGUACACGAGUCUCAUUGCCAAGUGUUUAAUAUAAUUCCUUCCAUAAGUGCUGUAACGGGAAUAAGUCCUCAGCGUUAUAUAUGGAGAAUUAGUAUUGCUCUUCAUGUAGGUCCCAGAGUCAUAAUUUGUGCAGUGUACAAUGCAUAUCAGCUUAAUUCCAUAAAAGCCAUUGCUCCACUCGAGAAUAAGAUGAGAGCACAAAUGUGGUUGAAUUUGGCAUACAUUCUUAAUCUCAUUGAAACUGGAGCUUUGUGUGGAGUUACAUACAUUUCUAAUGUAGAAAAUUAUCCGAUGCACGAGAAGCUCUUCAUAAUGUUUAUGAUAAGCAGUCUGGGACACAUGAUAGCUUGCAUUCAGGGUACUAAAUUUGCAGCAGAGACCAGAAGAGAUCUCCAUUUAGUUAAAGAAGGACUCAAAUAUAAACAGAAUUUGUUGAUAAUGUCUCUAUUCAGCACUGUUACAUUAAUUGGUUUCUUCUACUUGCACCGUUGGUACUGCAUGAGAUUGGGUGCUGUAUUUUGGCCAUAUGUCCAGUUUAUGAAAGAGGAAAAGAAGAAGGUCCCCUUAUCAAUAUUAGUGGUCCGUUCCAAGUUAAACAUUUGAAAAUAUUUUGCUAAUACUAAUAAUUAUUGCGAAUGUUAUGUACGA